AUGUCUGCCAUGCGCCAAGAAGCGAAGCAGGAUCCAACUCACGUCGAAAACGCCAAGCCGUCUUGCGGCGGUCAGAUGGAAGAGAUCGAUAUUGUUGAAGACCUGAAGUCAGCAGAUGGCACAGCCACGGUCACUUGGACCAGUGAGGAAGAGGGUUCUGCUUUGAGAAAGCUCGAUUGGAGUCUGAUACCUCUGCUCGGAGCCCUCAAUUUCUGCUCUUACAUUGAUCGCGGCAAUGUCGGGAACGCAUAUACGGCUGGAAUGGGAAUAGACUGGGGUAUCACUUCAGACGAUUACUCUUGGAUCGUGACCGUUCUAUACAUUGGCUACAUCUUGUUCCACUGGUUGAUUAUCGUCUGGACCUUUGUUCCCUUGCCAUUAUGGACUGCAAUGAUGGUCUCUGGAUGGGGCGCCAUGAGCAUGCUUCAAGCAGCCGGAUUCAUCCCAGCUGUCGCCCUAUACCUGACCUUCUUCUACCAUCGCGGUGAGAUGGGUCUCCGAUACGGGCUCUUCAUUUCGUUCGCGCCGCUUGCGAGCUGUGUGGCCUCUGCGAUUGCUUACGGCCUGCUGCACGUGAAGGCGUCUAUUCACAAUUGGCAGCUCCUCUUUCUUGUGGAGGGUGCCCCGACGAUUAUCCUUGCCUUCGUGGCAUACUUUUUCCUCCCUGCCUCCCCAGCCGAGUGCCGUUUCCUCAGCCCUCGCGAGAACGAGAUCAUCAGCCACCGCGCCAUCAAAGGCCGAGGCGAAAAACGAAGCGGAAAGCUCAAUGGAAAGCAAGCAUUCGCAGCGUUCUUCGACUACAAGAACUACUUGCAAGCUAUCAUCAUCUUCAGUCUCAACACUGCCUUUGGGUCCCUUCCAGCAUACCUACCCACAAUUCUUGAGGCCAUGGGUUUCACUUCACUUCGUGCUCAGGGUCUCUCCGCUUGCCCGUACCUGACUGCGUAUGUGGUCUGUGUCUCUGCCAGCUUCAUCUCGGACCGUCUUAGGAGUCGAGGUAUCUUUAUCGCCAUGUUUUGUUCCGUGGGAGCCAUUGGUUAUGUUCUGCUUGCAACAAUCCACACCACUGGGGUCCGCUACUUUGCAACUUUCCUUGUUUGCGCGGGAGUGUUCCCGGCGGUAGCCAUCACAUUUACGUGGGUAACGGAUAAUCAAGGCUCGGCAUCUAAGCGCGGCGCGGGUCUGGCUUUGUUCGGGAUGGUUGGGCAGUGCGGCCCCAUUCUUGGAGCUCGUUUGUUCCCGAAAUCGGCUCAACCUUGGUAUUCCAAGGGCAUGUGGAUUUGCGCUGGACUGUUAUUUGGCGCGGCUAUCAUAGCUGCUAUUCUCAGUCUUUGCUUGAGAUUGCAGAAUAGGAAGCGUGACGAGAAGUACGGGAAAAGCGAUUUAGACUAUGUUCCUCCAGAGGUUUCCGAGGAGGGCGAUGACCAUCCUCUGUAUCGAUAUGUUCCUUGA